AUGUUAAAUUAAUCUAUUAAAGAUUUACAUGAUUGUGAUGGAAAGAAGAAAUUAUUCAUGAAAUGGGCAUUAAAUUCAAUGAGAAAGUUUUUUAAUGAUAACAAUUUACCAUAUCACCUUUUGUCAACUUGUGUAUCAAUAAAACCAGGAACAGCUAAUAGAAGAGCAACACUUUAGUCAUAUCCAAAUUAAGGUGUGUGGAAACAUUUAAUAUAUCUACCUCAAAAUGUGAGAGAAGACUUAAAAAAAUACUUAAUAGAAAGUUUAAAACAUGUUGAACAUAAAUUCUAACAGUCUAUUUUGAUAGAGUUUCAAAAAAGAAUUCAAAAUGACUUCGAAUUCUCUAGCUUUUACAAAGAAUCUAAAAAUACUUAAGGUCAAAUAUUACAAACUAGUAUUGAUAAUGAAACAAAUGAUACACCACAAAUAGAAUCUGAUGAAAAGGAUAAAUCAGUAAUAAAUAAUAUUGAAACUGUAAAAUAAAAGAAAUGGUCAAAAGGAUAAGACUUUGUAAGCGAAUCAAAACAGAUUCUUAUCUAAAUGCAACUAUGUAAUGAUUAAAAACCAUUAAUUCCUGUAAAUUAGCUCCAUUAUCAUAAAUUAAGAACACUUUUAGAAAAAAUUAAAGAUUUAUAAUGUAAAAUGUCAGAUGAAAUGAUAUAAUUUUAAUUUGAACUUGAAAAAUUUUGCAAACAAGAUUUCUGUUCAAUAGAAACAGGAUUAAAGAAAAAAAUAAAAAAGAAUAAUGAUCAUCAUGAAUAAAGUGAAAUUAAUGAAAAAAAAUAAUAAAACAUAAAUAUAAGUAUUAAAGUAGAAAAUGAAGAAAUUGAUAUAUUGAGUAAUUUUAAAGAAAGAGUUAAAAGAAUAGAACCAGGAAUUACACUCUUUAUUCCAAAUUUAUCAUAAGUUGAUGAAAUUACAAGAAAUUGUUUCUAAUAAAUUGAGGAUAACUAUUACAAAGAUUUGUAUUAUAGAGAAAAAGUAGAAUAAAUGGAAUUAAAUCCAAAAAAUAUUCUAUAAUUAUGCAGACAACACUAUCAAGCAUUUUAAUAAAAAAUAGGCUAAUAGAAAGUUGAAGCUUAAUCAGAUCGUUAUAAUAUCUCUUUUUGA